AUGGAUUCAGAUUCCGACGAUCGAUUUUCCGAUGAAAAUGAAAGUGGACCUAGUUCUCAUGAAUUUCAUGAUAGUAGUUCUGAUGAUAAUGAAUCAUUAAUUGACGAACUGGAUCAAUCUUCAAUUACAGAUUGGGAUUGGAAACCUGACAACUCAAACUUUGGUACCAAUUUCAACCAUUCUGAUGGACAUGCUCUUGCAGAUGAAUCAAUUCAAUCAAUAGAUUCCUUUUUCAAGUUUAUAUCUCAUGAUCUGAUCAAAUUAAUUGUCGAUCAGACGAACAUUUAUGGAAAGCAGCGUUAUGUUGCAAAAGGUGAAGAUGAAACAAACUGGAAACAAAUCGAUGAAAACCAAAUACAUGCAUUUCUCGGUAUUUUAUUGAUAAUGGGAUUCCAUAAGUUACCAAGGAUCGAAGAUUAUUGGAGUCAAGACAGAAAUAUGUUCACACCAGCCGUUGCUGAUACAAUGACAAGAAAUGAAUUUCAACGACUUCUUUCCAACAUUCAUCUAGCCGAUAAUUCGAAAAUGCCAUCGAAAAACUCUUCUAACUAUAACAAAUUGUAUAAACUAUUUUAUCUCCAUCGUUUUACUUUACAAGCUAAGAAAAAAAAGAUAUCAGCUACCGGUACAAUUCGAUCCAAUAGAAAAUACUUUCCAGUUGAACUGAAGAAAGAUGAAACAUUAGAAAGAGGGAAUUUCCGAUAUGUAUCAGCAAAUGGAGUUUCUGUAAUAAAAUGGAUGGAUAAGAAAGAAGUUCUAAUCGCAUCAAAUUAUAUUGAUCCUAAAGAAGCAAGUGAAGUUACUCGACGGCAUAAAGAUGGUAGUAAAAAGCAAAUUUCUUGUCCGUUAGCAAUCAGUGNACGAUGGAACAGUAGAAAGCGGGAAUUUCCGGUAUGUAUCAGCAAAUGGAGUUUCUGUAAUAAAAUGGAUGGAUAA